AUGGAAACAACAAGUUCGAAGAAUCAAGUACGAGAAAAUUUCGUACUUUCUGUAUGGCCUAAUAGUAGUCAUUUAACGACCAUUGAUCCUACUUGUUUAGCAGCUUCGUUAUGGCUUCGCGCUCAAGGACUUUCCUACUCAAUUGUGAAUGCCAAUCGACAAAUAUCCAUGAUAUUUGACACUUAUCCAAUGCUACAUGACGUUGCUAAUAGAAAACAUUACGUUGGAUUUGAAUCAAUUUAUGAAUAUAGCCGAACAUUGCACCCAACCGCUGACGAACUUGCUCUACUAGCAACAUUUAAACGUCUAUUUGUACCGGCUUUUAUGCAUUUACAAUGGCUAGAUGAAACCAAUAAAGCAUCCGUUCGAGCUUUAUAUCAUCAUACCAUUGGUUUACCAACUAGUUUAUUUUAUAUUCGGAAAAAAUUUUCAUCAGCUCAAACAUGGUUUGAAAUAAUUGCAAGUAAAUGUUUACAUUCAAAUGAGCAACAUAAUGCAAUUUAUGACGAUGCUGAACGAUGUUUCUCAAUUCUUGAAAAUAAAUUAAUCGAAAAUAAUCAACCAUUCAUUGGUGGCGAGAAAUUCUCUCUUAUUGAUGCUUGGGUUAGCUCUUAUCUUCUUGUACUUGUUCAUUAUACGUCAGAAAAAUCUCGAUUACGAACAUUAUUUAUUCAACAUUCACGACUUGUUGAAUAUAUUCAACGUAUAGAUGAAGAACAGUUAUCGUUAUACAAAGAACGUGAAAAUUACGAUCUUCAAUCAUCGCCUUCUCAAGAAAACUCUACUGAUCUUCUUUCUGUAUUACAUAUCAUUUCACAAGUGGUGUCUUUUUCGAUCUUCAUCUUGAUGUUAACAAAAAUUGGUGCAAAAUCUUACUCGAUUACUUCAUAA